AUGAUGAACAACGAACCAACAGCAACAACUCCAGCCGAGGCAGCCGCUAGCGCUGAAGGCCAAAAGAAUCCACCCAAGAAGAACCGUGCCCGUAGAAAGAAACGAGGAGGUGGUGGUCGAAAGGACACCAAAGAGACUGCUGAAAAUGAACAGCCAAACGUGCUCAGCGAGGCUGCUGCCAAAUCCACCGGCAACAACAACAAGGAUGGAGGAGGAAACAAUAACAAGAAAAAUCGAAGACGAAAGGGAAAGGGGGGAAACAACAAUAAUAACAACAACAACUCCAGAAAGAAUGAACAGUAUCCACCAUACUGGCCCCACGACAAAUGCCUCAAACUGUACGUGGACCAAGAUCCCAACAUGAUCCGAGGCAAGUUGCGCUGUUUGCCUUCCAAAGAUGGAAUGGCCUUUUGUGCCUGUGAUCGAGGGUCGCAAAAACGGGAUAUUCUGAUAGAAUCAGCACUCGAACGAAACAGGGCCAUGAAUGGGGAUACUGUCUUUAUUGAGCUUCUUCCGGAGGAGGAUGACCAAGACAGCAAUCAUCAAUCCGGAACAGACGACGGAGUGGAAGAGUUGAACCAGAAACUGCAACAUCUCAGCACACAAAAAGAGGAAAACAACUCAAACGAAGAAGCAGAAAUGUGGCAAGAUGAUGCGGUUCAGAUGAAGCUCUGGAAUCCAGUGGUGCCUGUCAAGAGAAUCAAAAGGCUAGAACAAGCAACCAUCACAGGAGAGGAGCUGGCAAAGCAUACCACACAGAGAAAGGGACGAGUUGUAUGUGUCUGCACCCCUCCAAUUCCCAAAGAUUCUCCCAAACAAACCAAACCACGGCGGAUCAUGAUUGGAACCUUGAAAUCCCUUCAAAGUGGCACUUGCCUCUUCACUCCCAAUGACAGAACGCUUCCACAGUUCAAAUGCGAUAACACUCAAAUUCGAAACGAGCUAACCAACAACAAGGGAGAUUCCAGCGACCUCUAUAGAGCAGAAUAUGUCUAUCAUGCAUGGAAGGAAAACCACAACUGGCCUCCCUGUGUCAACGUAAAACGCCUGGGAGAGGCACACUCCAUUGAGGAUCAAAUACAAGGACUCCUCAUGGAAAACCACGUGGAUCAUGGAGAAUUUACCCCGCAAGUCCUUAAAGAUGUCGAAGAUGCGGUCCAGUCUGGAGUCUAUGUGAUGAAUCCAAACAGUCCAGCCGCCGAACUUGGGUGGAAACCUACGCCAGAGAUGCUCAAAGGUCGACGCGAUUAUCGCAACGAACGCAUUUUCACAAUCGAUCCGACCACUGCCAAAGAUUUGGAUGAUGCUCUGCAUAUCAAGGAGCUCCCGGAUGGACGAAUUGAACUCGGAGUGCACAUUGCCGACGUUUCUGCCUUUGUGACGCCUGGAUCCAAUGUUGAUGACGAGGCAGCACGACGGACGACAACGGUUUACCUCGUGGACAGGACCGUGCCAAUGCUGCCACGCCCACUCUGUGAAGUUGCCUGCAGUCUCAAUGAAAAUGUAGAGCGUUUGGCAUUCAGUUGUGUUUGGACGAUGCAACCAGAUGGGAAUCUGGCUGGUUCCUCUCGAUCCAGCAACCGUCAGGAUGUUUGGUAUGGUCGAACUGUCAUCAAAUCGUGUGCGAGAUUGGACUAUGGAACUGCACAGAAUAUAAUCGACAAAAAGGUGGCUAAUGGUGAGUCAGAGUCAGAAAUGGAUGAGGAACUCUGGCCCAAAAGUAGGCGUCCUACAGGCGGGCACACUGUUGACCAGGUGGCGGCCAAUGUUCGUCUCAUGCACCGAGUGGCAAUGGCUCGCAGACGCCUGCGCUUCGCAAACGGCGCACUCGCCCUGCAUGGAGUCAAACUCACUUUUCGAUUGGACGACGAUGGGAAAACACCCCUGGCGUGUACUCCCUAUCCCAUCAAAGAUUCCAACCGACUCGUCGAAGAGUACAUGUUGCUUGCCAACUAUCUUGUCGCCCAGCGUUUAAUAACGCACGCUGGUGACCGUGCCGUAUUGAGAAGACACCCCGACCCAUUGCCCGAUGGCUUAAAUAAGGUCGUUGACAUUGCCAAAGCAAUGUUUGAUUUCAACGUGGAUGCAUCAAGUUCGGCGACCCUCCAUGAUUCGCUAGUCCGACUCGGAAGGAUCUGCAACGACGAAGUGUUUUUAAAAUGUAUGACACAGAUGCUCACAACUCCAAUGCAAAAUGCGGACUACUUUGCGGCCGGAGCAUUCGAAAAAGAGCUUUGGAGGCACUUUGCUCUCAAUAUACCCUUCUACACACAUUUCACAUCGCCCAUCAGACGGUAUGCUGACGUGCUUGUGCACAGGCUGCUCCAAGCCACCAUCGACGGCGAGGAUGCCGUGGAUCGAUUCCCCUUGAAUGCGGAAGAACUACAUGGGAAGUGUGAGCACUGCAACGAUAAACGACUGGCCUCCAAAAUGGCGCAAGAACGGUGCGACGUGAUAUUCCUGGCUUUGUACCUGCGAAGCCACCCAAUCAAAUCAGUUCUGGGGGUCGUCCUCUCUCUUGGGAACAAGGCCUUUACCGUCUUCGUGCCAUCGCUUGGCGUCAAUGCGAUGGUUUUCCUGGAGGAGCACAAGGACUGGUUAGAGUACGAAAACCAAGGCGACGACCACGACCAUCGCAUCGUUUUGACUCGAAAAGCACCCACAAGGGAGCUUUGGAAUCGCAUGUACGUGAAAAUGUUCACUAAGGUCCUGGUGUCUUGCUUAUACAAAGACAAGCCUCGGGUUGAUGUAAAGCUUCAGCUCGAAGGGCCAGCUCCUAAAGAUAGCUAA